AUGCGCGUCCUCGUCAGCGUCGGCGCCCGCGGCCUGCGGGAGGUGUCGCCGACGGAGUUCGAGCGGCUUGGCGGGAAGGGCGCCGCCAAGAAAUGGCGCCAGACGAUCCAGCUGCAAAGCGGCAAGGGGUCGAUCGGGGAGUGGCUAGCCAGCCAUGGCUUUGACGCGCCCACGCGCAUCAAGCUGCCCCAGAAUGCCGACGACGAGCGCGCGGCCAGCGCGGAGGUUGGGUCCUACGCCGGCGCUGCGCCUGGAGACUUCUGCCAGCAGCCGGACCAGCUGCCAUUGCCCCUCCACAUCAGCCCAGUAAGGCAGCAGAAGCAGCAGCAGAAGCAGCAGCAGAAGCAGCAGGUGCUGCUGCCGCCGCCGCUGCCGCGCAUGCAGCUGCCGCCCUCAGACCUGCGGCGCCUCCCCGGCGACGGCAGCCACGAGGUCGCAGCGAUGGCGGACCACCUCGCCGGUCUCGCGCCGCCGCCCCCGCGCCUGCUGCGCGCCGCCGCGCCGCCCUCCGUCGCCGGCCGCCCGCUGGACCUGCCCGCGCUCUUCCGCGCCGUCGUCGCGCACGGCGGCGCGGGGGCGGCCACGGCGGACGGGCGGUGGCCGGAGAUCCUGGAGUCGCUGGGCCUGGCGCGGGGGCUGGCGGAGGGGUCCGCAGAGAUGGCGCGGGCCUGCAAGGCCGCGCAUGCCGCUUACCAAGGCAUCCUCCUGCGGUUUGAGCGGAUGCUGGAUCCUGACGCCUGGCUCUUCCUCACAGGCCGCCCGUCGCCUGUGCUGGGUGCACCGACGGCACACCUCAAACCCGUGCUGCCGCGCGGCGAGUACAGCGGCUGCUGCCCUCUCCCUUUCAGCGGCCCCAGCGCUGCCGCCGCGGCCCCCGCCGCCGACGACGACGGCUGCUCGCCGUUCGGCGUGGCGCAAGGCGGGAGCUGGGCGCCCGCGCCGGCCGCGGACGCCCGCGAGCCGGCGCCGUGGUUGUGGCCGGCCGCAAGCGCCGGCGCUCCUGCCGCGUCCGGCGGGGACACGGCACCCUGGCUGGACCUGGCAGAGCGGCCGGCCAAGCGCCGGCUUGUGAACGGUGGAGCGGACGAUCCACUGCCGUUGUCGGGAUCACAGCGCUCCUCGACAAGUUUCCAGGCAAUUUCACUCGAGCCGCUUGCCACCGGCCCAUCCAGCUCCAACCUGCCGCCCCUGCGCGCGCCCCCGGCGCUGGUCAACCCGGCGGGCGCCCGGGACGCGACCGACGCGGCCGCGCGGUCGCAAGGGCCGCCUGACGUGGCGGCGCCGUCGCAGCGGCCGCCCGGCGGUGAUUCAGAAUCGCGGCCGCAGCGGGCGUCCGGCGUCGGCGGCUCGGCGGCUGCGAGCGUCCCGGACGAGCGGGUGCAGGGGCUCGGAGCCACGGCGUCUGCUGGCCUGGACGGGCUGGGGGACUUGGACGAGCUGCUGAAUCAGCUUGAGAGUAUAGACGUCUCAGAUCUGGCCCUGGACGGCCUGAUCCACGGCGAUCUGCAGCCGCUCGCCAGCGGCGACGUCACGCAGAAGCUGCACGACCGCGGCAACGGGGCGGUGCAGGAGCGGCGCCAGGCGUGA